AUGAAUAUUGCUAUACUUGGUCGAUAUAAAAUGCGAAAACAUGCAUGUUCUCUUUAUUUUAUUGCACUUUCUAUAAAUAAUCUACUAUAUUCGACUACUAUAGUUGUUAUUAGUCUAUUAGGUGAUGGAUAUCAAAUAAGAUUAAGUAUUCGAUCAUUAAUAUUAUGUAAACUUAUCACUUAUUUUGGUACUCUUCUAUCAGCAUUAUCAUCAUAUUUCAUUGUACUUGCUUCGAUUGAUCGAUGGUGUGCUAGUUCAUCAUCAAUACAACGACGCAAUUUUAGUAAUGUUCGUACGGCUAAAUGGUUGAUCUUUAGCUUUAUUAUAUUUUUCUCAUUCUUAUUUAUUAUAUCAUUCAUCAUGGCUGAUAUCGAUACCAACGAUACUCUCAGUUGUCGUAUUCGAGACAAUACAGUUUUUAUUAAAACAUAUAGUAUCUUUCAAUUUAUUCUCUACUCUUGCUUAGCACCUCUUCUAAUGUUAAUAUUUGGUUGUAUGACGAUAUGUAAUGUAAAACAAUAUCAUAUAAUGACUUUAACAUCGACAAAUUAUCGUCGCACUGAAUCUCAACUUUUUCGAAUGCUUCUAGUUCAAGUAGGUGUUCAAAUAUUACUUACUUUACCAAUAUCUUUAGCUGGUCUACUUCUAUCUUUCUCCAAUAUGUACCAAGCAACAAUAAAUUUUUAUUCAAUAUUUAUUAUUUGUCGAGUUAUAUUUCAAAUGAGUUAUACAACACCAUUUUUUUUGUAUAUUAUUUCAUCUCGUACAUUUCGACAAGAAUUUAUUCGAUUGCUUAUUAAAAUAUCAUUAUAUCAUUUUCACAAUCGAGUUCAUGUAAUGCAAAAUCCUCGUCAUCUAAUAGACUGCAAAUAA